GUCUGUCAACAUGAGUGGGCACUGCUGGGCAGGAAGCAGCUGGGUGAACGUGAGCCGUGACCUGCGAAUACUGAAAUCAUUCAUGUUUAAUAGACAGUAAAGAUACGUUUUAAACAGGCGUUAAAGUCACGAGCGACCGGUGCUCGCGCUGCUCCCAUCACCUGAGAGAAGACUCAGGUGUGCUAAGCUAACGUUAGCUUCAUACUGAGGAGGUAACGUUAGCUUCGGGGCUAGCUAGGUAGGAGGUGAUAGCAUCUCAGCCGCUGCAUCUCUCUCUGUUUCCACUAUGGACCUUUGACUGUCGGCACAAUGAGGUUUCUCACUGAUUGACCCGCACUGUACGACACACCGAACAUACGUUUUAAGUGUGUGUUGUUUACAUACUCGUGUUAGCUCGCAGAUUCCAGGUCGAGACAGAAAAUGUUUCACUGCACUUCUCCACCAGCUAAUGAGGUUUAACGGUGCUGCUCGCUUCCAAAGAGUGAACGAAUCUGAUCACAGCUACGUAGGGCUUUAUUGUAACUUUCAGCUAGUACGACUUGACUUCUCCUAAGACAGAAGCAGCUAUGGCUGUGUGGAUGCUUGAAGCAGGAGAAUGAGUGCGAGUGGGGAAAGAGGAUGCCACCAUCUUUCAUCGAAGGCUGUCCAGCUGAACAGAUCGAUUAGCUGACCAACAACUGCUGGAGAGGACUGGGAGACGCAUAGAGUCUGUGUGAGAAGCCACCGCUGUCGACUUUAUUAGUCAGUCUUCUGUCCUAUGGAUACUGUUAGUGGUGUCAACAUGCUGUCCCAGCUCGGAGACGUGGCACGGGCAGGUCCCGGAGGAGCAGGGCUGCCCGCUGUGUCCUUAACCAACACGUCGGUGUCCUCCAGCCCGACGCCAGGCACUGAUAACCGAGGCUGUGAGAACGGCGCCCUGAUGGACUCGUUUGGGAUUUUUCUGCAAGGACUUCUCGCUGUGGUGGCGUUCAGCACGCUGAUGUUGAAACGCUUCAGGGAGCCAAAACAUGAGAGGAGACCCUGGAGGAUCUGGUUCCUGGACACCUCAAAACAGGCCAUCGGGAUGCUGUUUAUCCACUUUGCCAAUGUCUAUUUGUCAGACCUCACAGAGGAGGAUCCCUGCUCACUAUACCUCAUUAACUUCCUGUUGGAUGCUUCUCUGGGCAUGUUGCUGAUCUAUGCUGGGGUGAGAGCCGUCAGUGCUAUUGUAGAGUGGAGGCAGUGGGACUCCCUGCGUUUUGGAGAAUACGGAGAGCCAGUGCAGUGCACAGCGUGGUUGGGCCAGUGUAUCCUCUACAUCCUCAUUAUGAUGUUUGAGAAAGUCCUCAUCAUGCUGGUCCUCCUCAUUCCCCAGUGGAAGAAGCUGGCUCUCCUCAACCCCAUAGAGAAUCCCGACCUGGAACUGGCCAUCGUCAUGCUCAUCGUUCCGUUCUUCGUCAACGCCCUCAUGUUCUGGGUGGUAGAUAAUUUCCUAAUGAAGAAGCACAAGACAAAAGCAAAGCUGGAGGAGAGAGAGGAGGACUCACGGGGGAACAGCAAGGUGCGCUACAGACGAGCCCUGUCCCAUGAUGACUCAGAGUCAGAGAUCCUUUUCUCAGCAGACGAUGAAAUGGAUGAGUCGGAUGAAGAUGACGUUCGACGGCUCACUGGCCUGAAGACGGUGAAGAAGAAGAAGCUUCGCAUGGGGAUCCCUGUUUGACCUGCGUGCCUAGCUAAACUGCUACGAUCAAAUUUCCUCCGGUAGCUGUUCACCUCACGGGCUCACGUAUACUUUCCCUCCACAGAUUCUGUAUCAGCCUUAGGAGCUGACACCAUCCAUUAUAGGACGCCCUUUGACAGAAGAAUAUACUGUAAUUGAAUUCCCUUUACUGUUGACUUCUGGAGGACUUCUGCAUAAACUGACUAACCCGGGAUUUCAUUUCACACACUGGGAGACGUUGCUUCGGUUGGCCAGGUACUUCGGAUCACUGUUGCAUUUCGACAUGACACUCGAGUGUUGUUUAAAGACACUGUUUGGGGAAAAAGAAUCCCACCAUGAACAUACAUCAUAUUGUUAAAUACUUUAUGCACGUAUAAAAGGAAAACAUUAACACUGGUUUAAUACUGUUUGGACUUCUGUGGCAGCUUGUUUGGGUGCAGUGGGACAAAUCUAAAUGGCCACAACAGAACCAAACAUCAUGCAAACAGAACGGUUUAAGGAGCCGGGUGCAUUUGAUAGUCUAACAUGUGCUCUAAAGUGAUUGUAUUCCUGAUGUAGAUUACAUGUAAAUUUUGUCCUUUGUUUUCUCUUGUAGAUGUACCACCAUUGGCCUGUGAUGUGUGUGUGUGUGUGUGUGUGUGUGUAUGUGUGUAUGUUUGCACGUGUGUGUAUGUUUGCACGUGUGUGUAUGUGAGGGCGUGCACAGUUGGACACACCUCAGAUUUAGAGGAGCAUUACGUCAGUGUUUGAAUCACUGUAUUGAUGCAACUCUUAACACUUUCCAGCACAGUUACACACUUUAUUACUGCAUAUCUUGUAUUUAAUGUUACUCGUGUCAAAGGGAGCAAAGUUACGCCUGCAGCAACCUUCCAUUUUUAUCCUCUGACAGAGUCCUUUCAACUGUUAAACCUGUAGGACUGCAAGCAUAACACUCCAGCAUCCUUCUAAUAUCAGCUCAGCCGCUGUUGUCUGUCUGUAGACACAAGACUGCAGUCUCAGUUUGUCUGUGACAGUGUUACUGAUGUGUUCUGACUGUGUGUUCUUUGUCUUUUGAAUGUCUUUUGUGUCAUUUUAACUUGUUUUGUAUAGGAUUUGAGUGUUAUUUUCGGGCCAAAUAGGUGACUAUGCUUGUUCCAAAAGUGUUCUUUAUUCCUUCACUCUAACGGGGAGAGUAGAUAUGGGAACCAUUUCUUGCACAAUUUCCCAUGUAUCACAACUUUCAUCUUUCCUUUUAUGUUUGUGUUUUUU